GUCCAUUUGAUAAUAUGAUCCUCAACUCAAUGAAGGCUCAUUCUCUUUUCUACGUGCUGGAGCGAGUCCAUUUGGUUUUCGGAAAUUUCAGCAAGAUAUGGGUGAGAUCGAUACAAAACCAAUUGAAUCAGUCCAAGUUGCUCUAUCCUUGUUUGAGGAGAAAACUGAUCAGAGAAGAAGCCGGCCCACCAGCAGUGAUCCAGAGUUGGAGAAAGAACAAGAGCUUGAAGGUCUGCUAAAGGACUUAGCCAACUGCAAGGUGCAACUGGAGGCAAAGGACUCUGCCCACAUGCAAGCCCUUCUUAAGCUGGAUCACUAUCGGAAAGCAGCAGAUGAGCUUUCCACCUUGCUGAAGAGCUCCGAGGCUGAGAGAGAUAAAUACAUAAAUGAAUGCAUAGAAUCUAGAACCCGGAUAGAUGAACUUGAAACCAAGACGAAGGAGAUGGCUGAUCAAUUGUUGGAAACUGCAAAGGUUCGAGAGCAGCUUUCACAUGUUUUAAGCGAGUUGAAAACUGCACAAGAAGAGUUACUUCGUGUGGAAACAGAACUUGCUGAUGCUAGAGAAUCUGAAUUCAAGGCUAUGACACAAGCAGAGCUGAUGCAAACUGCUGUCAACAUGGAAAGAGGCAAGACAGCUGAGCUUCUAAAGCAUGUAUCAGAGCUCAAUGAAGCUAUUCUUCAUUCAAAGCUGGCUGCUAUUGAAGCAGAGAAAGAGAACUCUGCAGUUCUAUCUGAGAAAGAGGCAGAGUUACAGUUAGUGACAGCAACUUUGGCUCAAGCACAGGAACAACUAGAAGAGUUGAGGAAACAAACAGAGAUAGUGCAGUUUCUGGAAAAUGAGCUCCUGGCUAAAUCGGUAUUUAUUGAAACCCUGCAAUUUGAACUUAAAGAAGCCAAUGAACUUCACAGUUUAUCUGCAAAAGCUGCUUCUGAAGCUAUUAACAAUUUAAACCAGCUAAAAUCAGAUUUUGAAAGGCAGGAAAGAGAGAACUCAGAACAAGCAGUAUCCAUUAACUCACUGGAAAUGGAGCUUAAUCAGUUGAAAAUAAAGCUUAAGAAUGCAAAUGAGGAGGUAGGCCGUUUAAACUGUGAUGUUGAGAUGCUUACAGGGGAAUUAGAGAAGACAAAAAUUGAGGUGGAUGAGAUUAGAGGAAGGGAGAAUGAAGCUCAAGUUGAAAUAGCACUUCUGAAAUCUGAGCUUCACAAAGGGAGGUCAAGAAUUGCAGCAGCAGAGGCAGCUGAAGCAAGGGCUGAGAGUGUUAAGUCCGGGCUAUAUCUUGCAGUCCAGCAACUAGCAGUAGAAGCAGGAGAAGCCAAGAAGGAGAGCCAAAGGCUAAAACAAGGAGUGGAUGAAGCAAAAGAAAUAACUGGAGAGACUGUCUCUGUCAACCCCCAAUUUGAAGUCUCUUCUCAAGAUUUAGAACUUUCCCAAAAAGAUGAAUACAAUAAAGAAGCUAAAGCAAGAAAAGAUGACCACAUCACAAUUUCAGUGAUUGAAUAUGAAUCAUUGGUUAGCAAGGCUAAGAAGGCGGAUCAAAUUCCAGUAUUGCUAUCUGAAAAUUUAAGUCAAUCGGCCACAUUUGAAAAUAGGGAUGAGGCGGAAGUUCUGAAGGAGUUGGAAUUUGCAAUGGUGAGAAUUGCUGAGUUUAGGACUCGGGCAGAGCAGGCAGUGAGCAGGGCUGAGAUGGCUGAGAAAGCUAAGGCAGCAAUUGAGGAACAACUAAGGCAGUGGCGAGAGCAGAGGCAAAGGAAAAGAGCUGCUUUAGCAGCGCUCCAUGAAGAGUCUGUCCGAAAAGAGAACAAUAUUCUUAAAUUUGAGCAGACUCCUACAACAUAUCAGCCACUGGGUAAGGUUCUCAACAUGAAAUUCUAGUCUACCUGGAGAAUUUCAGAUAUUUUUUCCUAUUUAAGUAAUUGUGUAUGGCAUAAACUUCUUCAAGGACUUCCAACUUAUUUCUCUUUUAGCUGAUUUGGUCCAAGGCCUAUUUAAUAGGUAAUUAUA